AACUACUAUGGGACCCCCAAGCCCCCAGCAGAGCCCAUCCUGGUGCAGCCUGACCUGGUGGAUCAGGUGCUGUUUGACGAGGACUAUGACAACGAGGUCCAGCGUAAACGCACCACCUCCGUCAGCAAGAUGGACAGGAAGGACAGUGUGGUCCCUGAGGAAGAGGACGAUGAUGAGAGGCCACCUCUGGCCAACGGCCUCCCAGGUCAGUACAUCUCACACUCAAACCCCGUCUCCUGCCCUUUCUCUCUUUGCUCAGGAUAAUCCCCAUUUUGUACCUCACCUUUCUAUUUUUAGAUGUACAUUGUUAUGACUAUGGACUAUAUCAUAUUUCUACUCUUUAACAUAUUUCUGCUCUAUACAUUUCUGCUCUAUACUAUACAUAUUGACCUAUGAUCUAGGAGCUCUGAUCACCCAGUCUGUGCUAUCUGUCUGUCUGUGUUAUCCAACCAUGCUCUGUCUGUAUAGCCAGCCACUUCCAACAGGCACCACACCAAGGCUAUGCUUAAAGCAUUCAGUAUCAGUAACACCUUCUACUGUAGUGCAGGUCAACUUGGAAGGCAGCAGACCUCUUACCCUAAGACCAGAGACUCCAUGUGUGUGAUCAAUCAGGACUCCUCUCUCAAGGGAUCUGGGCUGUCCUUGAUUCCAACAGAAAGUAUUUUUAUGUAAAAUAAAUCACAUUUCUGCUGUACUGCAGUCAUGUUGGGGGUGUUCUGAACUUUUCAUUCUAAACCAACCAUAGAUGGAAACAAUUAUGAACAGGUCAGAAGGUUUAUGGAAAAAGUGAGCGUAAUGCCCAAACUCCUGACUGAACUUCCCUGGUCUCUGUGUUGAAGACAAACCCUGAUCCCUGCCUGACUUCCAGUAUGUGUCUAGUGCAGUCAGUGUGGUGUGGGCUCUCAGGCUCUCACCCCUCUGUGAACUGUCUCUGAUGACCUAAGCUGUCCUCAAGGCGCUGCGCCAAGGCUGGCUAUGGUGCAUGGUGUUUACAUGAGGCCAGUCAGAGCAUCCGCAGAUCCUGUGUGUGUGUGUGUGUGUGUGUGUGUUUGUGUGUGUGUGUGUGUGUGUGUGUGUGUGUGUGUGUGUGUGUGUGUGUGCGUGUACGUGCGUGGAUUAAGUCAGAUUAGCAUAAGCGGUUGAGGUCAGACUCAUUUGCCAGUUCCUCCCCAUCCUUCAAGCUAACAAGUAAAUAAACAAUCUGUUGAAAAUACCAGCAAGUCCCAUGGAUGUAGUAGUGUGUUAACUAUUUACUGAAAUACAGAAGCACAUGCACAAACUUGCCGUGCUCAUGGGCUGCCUGUAUCAACUCUGUGGAAUACACUAGAAGAAGCUAUGUGUUCUUGAGCCUCAUUGUAUCAAAUACUUGUGCAGAGGUUAGCAUUACACAAAAACAGUCCCUUGAUGUGUAUAAGUUACAUUUAGCAGCUUUUUGUACCCUGAAGGGCCUUUGUUGUGUUGACUCUGAUGCUUUUAUUGCAGUUCUCAUUAAAUGAAUAAAUAAAAAGUAUAGAAAUAACUAUAAAGACAGUGUUAUUGUAGCAAAUAUGCUCAAGCUUCAAUGGCCUUUUUACUGUGAAUCCUCAGCUAUUACAGUAUAUCAUUGAAACCCAAGUGGAGUGUACACACAUAUGCAUAAACACGUUUACACGUACGCACAAAUGCAAAACAGAGCCUUGGUGAACAGAACACACGAUCCCUUGCAUGCAAAUCCUUUAGCGACAUCAAACCCUCCUUCCUCCCACUGCAUGCUGGGAGAACAUGAUGAGGCUCGAGGUGUCCAUGCAGGCUAACCUUCUGCUCUCUCUCGCUCUCUCUCUCUCUUUCAGAGCACAAAGAGGGGGCAUCAUGGAGGAAGGCGGUGCCCAGCUACACCCAGUCCAGCAGUGCAAUGGACUUCCGUACGUGGAGCUCUCUGCCCCGCGACGACAGCCUGGAACCCCUGCCUCUCAACUGGGAGAUGGCCUACACCGAGACGGGCAUGGUCUACUUCAUAGAGUGAGUACUGCAACAGCACCGGUAUAUCCACUCAGGGACAGGACAAAGAGACAGCCUUGAGUCAAAUGAGUCCUGCUUGGUUACACUCUGCUACACUGUAGGUACAGAGAGUUCAAGGCUCCUCCCAAAAAAUGCUGAGUUUCUGCUUAACCCUCCCGUUGUCCUAGGGUCAAAAUGACCCGCCACUGUGUUGAACCAACUUUAUUUAAUUUUUAUAUUUUUGGGAUCAUUUGUGAGAAGGAGGCAGUGAGACUUUAAAGAAAGUAUCACUGCCUCCUUCUCACAAAUGAUCCCAAAAAUAUAAAAAUUAAAUAAAGUUGGUUCAACACAGUGGCGGGUCAUUUUGACCCUAGGACAACGGGAGGGUUAAUAGAGUUUCAUGCUAAAUAAUUAAAUAAAUGUCAGAAAUGUAGAUUGUGGUUUUUUAAUGACAUAAGACAUUUACUUCUGCUCUGGACUGAAUGUUGAAUGUUACUUUACAGGUUAUGCAAUAGAUGGCUAUAUCUGAUCAGCAUCAUGCAAAUUAUCAUGAAAUUGUUGAUUAGAUUAGUGAAGCACAUAGCACACAUGUUACAUAAGCCAUGCCGAACAGACAGAGGAUUUAAGUUAGUUAUACAAGCCAAGGCCUGGACUGGUGUGGGUCUCUUUAAAAUCCACUCAUACUGACUCAAUGUUUACUCCAAAACUGACAGCCCUAGCCUACAUGAUUGUUUUAAAAGUGUUUCUAGUCGAAGCUCAUUUAUUUGGUGGUUUCUCCUCAAGAACACUUCAGCAGUUUUCCUGACCAAUCAAUACUGUGUUUUAGGAACGAUUGAGUAAAUAUACCUCUCCCAGAGGCCUUUGAGUUGUUUGAAAACAGGCUUCCAGCUGCUCUUGUCUGAAAUCGCCACAUAUCAUAAUGAAUACUGUGUUUCAGUUUUCCCCUCAUUUGAAUACAAAGCAGGAUUCAUUAAUUGGUCAAGCAGUUAUUUGUAACUUGUGUAGCUUUCAAAGAAAGCAUAACAUAGGAUAUACUGUAGUGUUGGGGGGUACAUGACUGUCUACCUUUCCACUGAUGCAAAUACCAGUGUCAGUAGCUGGCUCAGGUUUUUGAAUGUUUCUCUUAUCUGCCCUUCACAGUCACAACAGCAAGACCACCACUUGGCUGGACCCCCGCCUGGCCAAGAAAGCCAAGCCCCCAGAGAAGUGUGAGGAUGGAGGUAAGGCUUCAGGACCUUAGUGGACCAUACAUACAGGAAGCACUUACAGCUACCAGUACUACUACUACUACUACCACUACUACUACUACUAGUAUACACAUGUAGUUUUACACAUGGGUAUGCCCCUCAGCCCCUGCAUUAUUUCACAUAUACAGAGAGCUCAUCAAAUAUACAUGACUAUGUUUCUAUACAGAUAGGAUUGUCAAUGCCCUCAGAAAGUAUUAACACCCCUUGACUUUUUCCACAUUUUGUUGUGUUACAGCCUGAAUUUAAAAUGGAUUACAUUUAGAUUGUUUUGUCACUGACCUACACACAAUACCCCAUAAUGUCAAAGUGGAAUUAUGUUUAUUUUAAUUUUAUUCUAUUUAAUUAAAAAUGAAAAGCUGAAAUGUACAACUUUGCUUAACAAGUCACAUAAUAAGUUGCAUGGACUCACUCUGUGUGCAAUAAUUGUGUUUAACAUGAUUUUUGAUGACUACCUCAUCUUUGUACCCCACACAUACAAUUACCUGUAAGGUCCCUCAGUCGAGUAGUGAAUUUCAAACACUGAUUCAACCACAAACACCAGGGAGGUUUUCCAAUGCCUCGCAAAGAAGGGCACCUAUUGGUAGAUGGUUAAAAAAAAAGAUGGGUAAAAAAAAGCAGACAUUGAAUAUCCCUUUGAGCAUGUUGAAGUUAUUAAUUAUACUUUGGAUUGUGUAUCAAUACACCCAAUUUACUGCAAAUGUACAGGCGUCCUUCCUAACUCAGUUGCCGGAGAGGAAGGAAACCACUCAGGGAUUUCACCAUGAGGCCAAUGGUGACUUUAAAACAGUUACAGAGUUUAAUGGCCGUGAUAGGAGAAAACUGAGGAUGGAUCAACAACAUUGUAGUUACUUCACAAUACUAACCGAGUGAAAACAGAGUGAAAAUAAGGAAGCCUGUACAGAAUAAAAAUAUUCCAAAACAUGCAUCCUGUUUGCAACAAGGCAUUAAAGUAAUACUGCAAAGAAAUGUGGCAAAGCAAUUUACUUUUUGUCCUGAAUUCAAAGUGUUAUGUAUGGGGCAAAUCCAAUACAACACAUUACUGAGUACCCCUCUCCAUAUUUUCAAGCAUAGUGAUAGCUGCAUCCUGUUUUGGGUAUGUUUGUAAUCUUUAAGGACCGGGGAGUUUUUCAGGAUAAAAAAGAAAUGAAAUAGAGCUAAGCACAGGCAAAGUCCUAGAGGAAAACCUGGUUCAGUCUGCUUUCCUCCAAACAAUGGGAGAUUAAUUCACCUUUCAGCAGGACAAUAACCUAAAACACAAGGCCAAAUCUACACAGGAGUUGCUUACCAAGAAGACAGUGAAUGUUCCUGAGUGGCCGAGCUACAGUUUCAACUUAAAUCUUGUCACGUACGUUAAGGAACGGGACGGACCAAGGUGCAGCGUGAAAGGCGUAUAUAUUUAUUAAAGAAUAAACACACGACACAGUAACCAAAAUAACAAAAAUUAACCGUGACGGUCCAAAGGCUAACACACAAGCCUAACACAGGAACACAACAAAAACCCACAACACAGGCAGGAAAACUGGCUGCCUAAGUAUGAUCCCCAAUCAGAGACAACGAGCAACCGCUGCCUCUGAUUGGGAACCACACCCGGCCAAACAUAGAAAUACAAACCUAGAAAUUCACACCCUGACCAAACUAGCUAGAGUUCUAUAGGCCAGGGCUUGACAAAUCUACUAGAAAAUCUAUGGCAAGACCUGAAAUGGUUGUCUAGCAAUGAUCAACAACCAAUUUGACAGAGCUUGAAGAAUUCUGAAAAGAAUAAUGGGCAAAUGUUGCACAAUCCAGGUGUGGAAAGCUUUUAGAGACUUACCCAGAAAGACUCACAGCUGUAAUUGCAUGAUGUACAGUACAGCAGCCAUUCCAGCCAGGCUGCCUGCAAAAACUGCAAAAUGUCAGUGUUUUUUUUUUUCCAUGCCCAUUUUCUCAUGCUUAACUUCCCUGGUAGGAGGAAAAUAAAGCAAACUUGUUAUUCGUCUUAUACCUGGAAACCCCAGUGAAAUGGUUAUGUCGCCCAACUGUAAUGUGUGCAUAAGCAUUGUGUCUAGUGUCUGCUGGUCUCUUCUCAUCACUAUGCCCUGUUAUCCUGCAGUGCUGUACAUGUGCAUUUUUUGUGUUAUAGUAGUUGAACACAAUGCAUCUCUUCUUGUAUCCACAGAGCUUCCGUAUGGCUGGGAGGAAAUAGAGGACCCACAGUAUGGAACAUAUUAUGUAGAGUAAGUCUGUUCACUCUGCCACCACAUCUAUAUCUGAGAGAUACUACACCACAUAUUCCCCAGCAAUACCAUAGAUCAUAAACUAACCAUAGGUACAGUAUACAUUAUGUAUACACUACCAGUCAAAAGUUUGGACAUGUUGUAUAAUGAUUAGAAGACAGGCGCAGGAAUACGUAUUAGGUUUUUUUAUUACUCCACCCAACACAAGGUAUGGCAUGAAAAACGACGGGGACGAAGCCCAAAUCAAACACGUACAGUGGGAAGAACAAGUAUUUGAUACACUGCCGAUUUUGCAGGUUUUCUUACUUACAAAGCAUGUAGAGGUCUUUACUUUUUAUCAUAGGUACACUUCAACUGUGAGAGACGGAAUCUAAAACAAAAAUCCAGAAAAUCACAUUGUAUGAUUUUUAAGUAAUUAAUUUGCAUUUUAUUGCAUGACAUAAGUAUUUGAUCACCUACCUACCAGUAAGAAUUCCGUCUCUCACAGACCUGUUAGUUUUUCUUUAAGAAGCCCCCCUGUUCUCCACUCAUUACCUGUAUUAACUGCACCUGUUUGAACUCGUUACCUGUAUAAAAGACACCUGUCCACACACUCAAUCAAACAGACUCCAACCUCUCCACAAUGGCCAAGAUCAGAGAGCUGUGUAAGGACAUCAGGGAUAAAAUUGUAGACCUGCACAAGGCUGGGAUGGGCUACAGGACAAUAGGCAAGCAGCUUGGUGAGAAGGCAACAACUGGAAGAAAAUGGAAGAAGUUCAAGAUGACGGUCAAUCACCCUCGGUCUGGGGCUCCAUGCAAGAUCUCACCUCGUGGGGCAUCAAUGAUCAUGAGGAAGGUGAGGGAUCAGCCCAGAACUACACGGCAGGACCUGGUCAAUGACCUGAAGAGAGCUGGGACCACAGUCUCAAAGAAAACCAUUAGUAACACGCUACGCCAUCAUGGAUUAAAAUCCUACAGCGCACGCAAGGUCCCCCUGCUCAAGCCAGCGCAUGUCCAGGCCCAUCUGAAGUUUGCCAAUGACCAUCUGGAUGAUCCAGAGGAGGAAUGGGAGAAAGUAAUGUGGUCUGAUGAGACAAAAAUAUAGCUUUUUGGUCUAAACUCCACUCGCCAUGUUUGGAGGAAGAAGAAGGAUGAGUACAACCCCAAGAACACCAUCCCAACCGUGAAGCAUGGAGAUGGAAACAUAAUUCUUUGGGGAUGCUUUUCUGCAAAGGGGACAGGACGACUGCACCGUAUUGAGAGGAGGAUGGAUGGGGCCAUGUAUCGCGAGAUCUUGGCCAACAACCUCCUUCCCUCAGUAAGAGCAUUGAAGAUGGGUCGUGGCUGGGUCUUCCAACGACCCGAAACACACAGCCAGGGCAACUAAGGAGUGGCUCUGUAAGAAGCAUCUCAAGGUCCUGGAGUGGCCUAGCCAGUCUCCAGACCUGAACCCAAUAGAAAAUCUUUGGAGUGAGCUGAAAGUCCGUAUUGCCCAGCGACAGCCCCGAAACCUGAAGGAUCUGGAGGAUGUAUGGAGGAGUGGGCCAAAAUCCCUGCUGCAGUGUGUGCAAACCUGGUCAAGACCUACAGAAAACGUAUGAUCUCUGUAAUUGCAAACAAAGGUUUCUGUACCAAAUAUUAAGUUCUGCUUUUCUGAUGUAUCAAAUACUUAUGUCAUGCAAUAAAAUGCAAAUUAAUUACUUAAAAAUCAUACAAUGUGAUAUUCUGGAUUUUUGUCCUCUACAUGCUUUGUAAGUUGGAAAACCUGCAAAAUCGGUAGUGUAUCAAAUACUUGUUCUCCCCACUGUAUAUGCACUACCGGUGAAACAUUUUAGAACACCUACUCAUUCCAGGGUUUUUCUUUAUUUUUACUAUGUUCUACAUUGUAGAGUAAUAGUGAAGACAUCAAAACUAUGAAAUAACAAAGUGUUAAACAAAUAUUUUAUAUUUGAGAUUCUUCAAAAAGCCACCCUUUGCCUUGAUGACAGCUUUGCACACUCUUGGCAUUCUCUCAACCAGCUUCAUGAGGUAGUCACCUGGAAUGCAUUUUAAUUAACAGGUGUUCCUUCUUAAAAGUUCAUUUGUGGAAUGUCUUUCCUUCUUAAUGCGUUUGAGCCAAUCAGUUGUGUUGUGACAUGGUAGGGGGGUAUACAGAAGAUAGCCCUAUUUGGUAAAAUACCAAGUCCAUUUUAUGGCAAGAACAGCUCAAAUAAGCAAAGAGAAACAACAGUCCAUCAUUAAUUUAAGACAUGAAGGUCAGUCAAUAAGGAACAUUUCAAGAACUUCGAAAGUUUCUUCAAGUGCAGUUGCAGAAACCAUCAAGCGCUAUGAUGAAACUGGCUCUCAUGAGGACCGCCACAGGAAUGGAAGACCCAGAGUUACCUUUGCUGCAGAGGAUAAGUUCGUUAGAGUUACCAGCCUCAGAAAUUGCAGCCCAAAUAAAUGCUUCACAGAGUUCAAGUAACUGACACAUCUCAACAUCAGAGGAGACUGUGUGAAUCAGGCCUUCAUGGUCAAAUUGCUGCAAAGAAACCACUACUAAAGGACACCAAUAAGAAGAAGAGACUUGCUUGGGCCAAGAAAAAUGACCAAUGGACAUUAGACCGGUGGAAAUUUGUCCUUUGUUCUGGUCUCCAAAUUGGAGAUUUUUGGUUCAAACCGCCGUGGCUUUGUGAGACACGGUGUGGGUGAACGGAUGAUCUCCGCAUGUAUAUUUCCCACCGUAAAGCAUGGAGGAGGAGGUGUUGUGGUGUGGGGGCACACUUAACCAGCAUGGCUACCACAGCAUUUUGCAGUGAUACACCAUCCCAUCUGAUUUCGGCUUAGUGGGACUAUCAUUUGUUUUUCAACAGGACAAUGACCCAACACACCUCCAGGCUGUAUAAGGGCUAUAUUACCAAGAAGGAGAGUGAAGGAGUGCUGCAUCAGAUGACCUCCACAAUCCCCCGACCUCAACACAAUUGAGAUGGUUUUGGAUGAGUCGGACCGCAGAGUGAAGGAAAAGCAGCCAACAAGUGCUCAGCAUAUGUGGGAACUCCUUCAAGACUGUUGGAAAAGCAUUACAGGUGAAGCCAGUUGAGAUAAUGCCAAGAGUGUGCAAAGCUGUCAUCAAGGCAAAGGGUGGCUAUUUGAAGAAUCUCAAAUAUAAAAUAUAUUUUGAUUUGUUUAACACUUUUUUGGUUACUACAUGAUUCCAUGUUUGUUAUUUCAUCGUUUUGAUGUCUUCACUAUUAUUCUACAAUGUAGAAAAUAGUAAAAAUAAAGAAAAACCCUGCAAUGAGUAGGUGUGUCCAAACUUUUGACUGAGACUGUGGAUAGCAGGGAUACCAUGUGUUACUAGACAUGUGGUGUACUGCUAGGGAACCAUCAAUUUGAGAACAAUACUAUUCCAUGAUCAAGACUCUUGUAUUGGUUUUUCAGUGGGUGGUAAACUGAAGCUCUGUUGGUAACAUCACAUUCACCCGGGUGAAAACACAGCAAUGUUUGUGAGUCUGAGUGUCUGUGUACAGAAGGUGUGUGUGUUCAGGCUGCCCCAGCAGGACAUCUCUGAAACCCAGCCAUUAUAGCAGCAGUAGAGAUAGGAGGAGGGUUGUGAGAGUUAUCAAGGAUGGAAGGAGAGGUACAGGAGGCUGUUGUGAUGAAAAGGAAAUUAAACGCUGCUUUUUUUUAUUACUGGUAUUGCAUAAGGAUCCCUCAUAGGUAGAGGCUGUGGGGGGAGAGAGAGGAACUCAUACUGUUUGUUUCAAAAGCAAAUGUACGGGGACUUUUUGCUGCCGGUGUUCCAGUUCAAAAUGAACUCUGUAAAACAAUGGUUUUGUUAUGCCAGAGGGACAGACUGUUUACAUUGUUAAAGAGAAGAAGAAGUAGUCAGGAGUUAUCUAGUUCUAUUCAACUGGUAACAUGGAAUCACUGGUUACUUUAAUAAUUGAACACUAGUCACUUUAAUAAUGUUUACGUACUGUUUUACUAAUUUCAUAUGUAUAUACUGUAUUCUAUUGUAUUUUAGUCAAUGCCACUCCGACAUUUCUUGUCCUAAUAUGUAUAUAUUUCUUCAUCCCAUUCUUUUACUUUUAGAUUGUGUGUAUUGUUGUGAAUUGUUAGAUAUUACUGCACUGUUGGAGCUAGGAACACAAGCAUUUCACUACACCCGCAAUAACAUCUGCUAAAUAUGUGUAUGUGACCAAUAACAUUUGAUUUGAUUUGAUUUGAACAACAUAACCAUUAGGCAUAGACAUAAAGAGGACACUAACCACCUUGUCUCUGUAUAGACUUGUAAUCAACAGCUCACAGAAGAAACACUGGGAAAGCUAUCUAAAAAUACCUAUUGUUAAUGGAUUGAGAAUUAAUGUAUGGUACCUUCUAUCACCCCAGUGCAUUCUAAGACAUACUAUAACCAUUCAUAACAGUGCUUUCAUCAUGAAUAACACACAGGUGGUCUGCAGAAUUACACACAGAUGGUUCAUGGGAGCUUGUAUGUGUCUGUGUCAGUAAAUUGGUGUCUACAAUUUUAAUCACAUAAUAGAUUGUUUCUGUUUCAGUCACAUCAACCAGAGAACUCAGUUUGAGAACCCAGUCCUGGAGGCUAAGAGGAAGCUGAGCCAGGAGACUACUGCCUCUAUCCAGCAGGGGGGACCACCUCCCACAGGUAAACAUUACUCACCUCACUUUGUCUUCACCUCACUCCUUCAGCUCUGGAUAGCUUUCUUAAGGCUGUUAUAUCUAAACUGAGACUGAAAUAAACUCCAUAAUGAGCUUCCAUGAUUGCAUGUUGACCUCCUACAUCUCAGUCAUUCUGUGUUGUGUUGAAUAGGUUUGCAGUGGUGGAAAAUGUAACAGCCAUGUCCUCGCUCAAGGUUGUAGGAGAGAUGUCAUGUCAAGUGUCAUCAUGCACGAAUAGCCAUGUAUGAUCUACUCUGUCCAAGGGAAGACCAGUUCUCUAUACUCACACCAGGGUUGGCAUGGAACAAAAGCCACUCUUCUGCCAUAAUAAACAAUAUGAACUAAAUAUGCUUUCAUUACAGUGGAUGUAUAAUACAUGACAGCGCAGGGAGUACAGAUUGACAUUCGUGUCCUCCUGCUGAGGAGUUCACCAAUGGGUUGGUUGAGAGGAGGAGGGAAGGGGAGUGGCUGUGACAGCUGCUGGAACAGCACAUCUUAAUAAGGGCCAAGCAUAACAAGACAUCUCUCAACUAGUUAACUUGCUACUACUAGCCAGGUGGGGAGGGACUGAGACAGCCAUCUCCCCUGUGAUUGCACAAUGUUGUGGGUUGUCAGACGGUUACUAUGAUAUAACCAAAACAACGGCAGUUGCACCUCAGGCUAGCUCGAGGUUUCCAAGCCCACAGAUUCCCAGAGCAACUAAUGCAACAUAAAGGCCUGUCUGCAGUGUUUACCAAAGAUCUGAGUGGAGACCAUUUCAUCAGACCUCAACUUGGAUUGAAAUUUUUGAAAUUCCUAAAGGUCCCUUACUUCCCCAACCAACAGUCAUCUUCAACAACAUGAUCUUGACGUACAGAUUCCCACAGUGCAGUACUACACCUUCUGAACCUACUGACCAUGGUCUAUGACUGCAUUGUUGACAUUAAAACUUGAAACUGAAACUAUGUAUCAGACCAGACCAUGGCUGUUUAGGUGAUAUGGUUGCUGGUAGGGCUGGCACAAUUACUGUAUAACCGUUUAACCGACGGUUAUGGAUGAAAACCGUAAUGAAAAUAAAAUAACCGUCAUAACCGCGCGUGUGUGUGUGUGUGUGUGUGUGUGUGUGUGUGUGUGUGUGUGCAGCAGCAGCACACAUAGAAUUCCAGCACAUGCAGUCAGGAGCGGAGGAGAUGAGAAAAUGUGCUAAAAACAUAUGCAAUUCAAACAGUUAUUACGGUAAUGCUGUCAUUUGGCUGGCCAAUUACCGUCAUACAAAAUUCCAUGAUCGUCACAGUCCUAGUUGCUGGUUCAUUUGAGGUGAAUGCCUAUGAGAAGCUCUUUAAGCAGUGUUUUGACAAGGCUCCCCACUCCAACCUGCCUAGAGAACCCACACUAGAGCCCUGAUAAUCCCUCAGCAUUUCAACUAGACUGACACUGACAAGCCUUAUAUGGCUCUUAUUCAGUCUCCACCAUUUUAACCACUAACAGCAGCUUCAUUUUAAUUACAUGAACAAGAAUGUCUGUGGUCAUGUUGACUGAUGUCUGUGGUGAAUUAUACCAAACAUUAUACACAUCAUGGCUGUUGAGGAUGAUUUGGGUUCCUCUGUUCUGGCCUUCAAAUGUUAUCAGAGAGAUCUCUGGAGUCUAAUACACACAUGCACGCACGCACGCACACACGCACACGCACACACACACACACCUUAGACAUACGCAAAAUGACAGAUAGGUUAUCACAGUUUGAAUGAGUUCAAGCAAUUUGAAUGUGAUUAUGUAAAUGAGAUUGUCUUGAUCCAUUGAACAGGACAGCUAGAGUCCAUCCACACGGUAUUAAAUCCCCCUCAGCUCUGAGCUGCUCUAUGGGCCAUACAGAACCAUACAGUCACAACAGGGCUGCUUUGCUCAAUCAUAUAGGACUGGAAUGCAUCGCAAUGCCACCAGAGACAGUGAAGCAGGGAGAAAAGAAGCUGUGCUUCUGCUAUAAAGUGCUGAUAGGACAGAAAAGCUCAGCUGGCCCAUUUGAUGCAGUAUAACCCUGACAGCCUGUUAUUUACUGGACUGUGUGUCCACAGUCGUGCAAGGGGAUAUUUAUGCUGCCAAUGACCUUAUGUUGUUCCUUACUAAAGUUAUAAAAGGCUCCCCUGACAAACCUAUUUUUCUGACUCACUGGCUCUUUAGGGAGAAAAUGAAAAAGGACCUCAUGCCUAACUGAACAAUUUCCGAGGUGUUAUGUCACUGUUUGAAUCAACAGCAUGUUAAUGAAUUCUACAAUUCACAUCAGACAAAUGAUUAAGCUACUAAAGCUGUCAUUUAAUAUUUUGUCUGUAAAUGUUUUAGUUAUCAUACAGGGCAGUGUUUUACUCAAAGCAAAUAUGACUAUUGAUUAGAAAACAGGACAGCUUGCUGUGUUGACCUGGCAGGAAAGUUCUUGUUGCAUUGUGGUUAAUUGCUAACAAAAAUACAUAUCAGGAUGUUCGAAGAGCUUUUAGUUAUACUGUAGUGAGCAAUAUUGUACCUUACUUGAGAGAGUUUGUGAUGAGUGUGGUGAAAAGAGUCAGGCGCAGGAGGGUAAUCACCGAAUACAGAGUUUAUUCCUUAGUUGACACACAAAUGUGCUCCAAUAGCGAUGAACGAAACAGGCACAGGGGAAACAAUCAUCCCUGGCAAAUACACUGUAACGGAAUCCAAUAAUACACAGGCACAGGGGAAAAUCUACCCUGGCAACACAAUGUUACGAGUAGCUCCACGAGCUACAUUACUCUCACAAUUAACAAUCACCCACAAGGACAAGGGGGCAGAGGGAACACUUAUACACAAACUAAUUAGGGGAUAGGAACCAGGUGUGUGUGAUUAACAAGACGAGACAAUUGUGAUGAUGAUUGGGGCGGCAGUGAUUAGUAAGCCGGUGAUGACGAACGCCGAAGCCUGCCCGAACAAGGAGGGGAGGCAGCCUCGGCCGAAAUCGUGACAGUACCCCCCCCCCUUGACGCGCAGCUCCAGCAGCGUGCCGACCCCGGCCUCUGGGACAGCCAGGAGGACGCGGAGCAGGGCGAGCCGGAUGGCAACGGUGGAAAUCCAGCAACAGGGAGGGAUCGAGGAUAUCCCUCACUGGGACCCAGCACCGUUCCUCCGGACCAUACCCCUCCCACUCCACGAGGUACUGAAGGCCCCCCACCCGACGCCUCGAAUCCAGGAUGGAGCGGACAGAGUACGCCGGGGCCCCCUCGAUGUCCAGAGGAGGUGGAGGAACCUCCCACACCUCAGACUCCUCGAGCGGACCAACCACCACCGGCCUGAGGAGAGACACAUGAAAAGAGGGGUUAAUACAGUAAUCAGGGGGGAGUAACAACCUAUACGUAACCUCGUUGAUCCUCCUCAGGACUUUGAACGGCCCACAAACCGUGGGCUCAGCUUCCGGCAGGGCAGGCGGGGGGGCAGAUUCCGGGUCGAGAGCCAGACCCGAUCCCCCGGUGACGGUCAGCGUUGGCCUUCUGACGAUGCAGGGCGCGCUGGAGGUGAACGUGGGCAGUGUCCCACGUCUCCUCCGCGUGCCGAAACCAGUCAUCCACCGCAGGAGCCUCGGUCUGGCUCUGGUGCCAUGGUGCUAGAACCGGUUGGUAACCUAAAACACAUUGAAAUGGUGUUAGGUUAGUAGAGGAGUGGCGGAGAGAGUUCUGGGCAUAUUCUGCCCAUGGCAAGAACACCGACCACUCCCCCGGCCUGUCCUGGCAGUAGGACCGCAGGAACCUCCCCACAUCCUGAUUUACUCGUUCCACCUGCCCAUUUGCCUCGGAGUGGAACCCAGAGGUCAGGCUGACCGAGACCCCCAGACGUUCCAUGAACGCCUUCCAAACCUUGGACGUGAACUGGGGACCUCGGUCGGACACUAUAUCCUCGGGCAUCCCGUAGUACCGGAAGACGUGCGUAAACAGGGCCUCCGCAGUCUGCAGGGCCGUGGGGAGACCGGGCAGAGGAAGGAGGCGGCAGGACAUGGAGAAGCGGUCCACAACGACCAGGAUGGUGGUGUUACCUUGGGAGAGGGGAAGAUCAGUCAGAAAAUCAAUACUAAGUUGAGACCAUGGUCGUUGUGGAACUGGUAACGGUUGUAGCUUACCCGCUGGGAGGUGCCUAUGUGCCUUACUCUGGGCACACACCGAGCAGGAGGAGACAUUCACCCUCACGUCCUUAGCCAAGGUAGGCCACCAGUACUUUCCGCUCAAGCAGCGCACAGUACGACCGAUACCUGGGUGACCAGAGGAGGGUGACGUGGGUGCCCAGCAGUGGCGGCUCCUGAAAAAAUUCUCAGGGGGGGCAAUUUUUCUGAUGAUUUAGGUGACCUACACACAUUUUAAAAAAGAUAUGUCCAGCAACAACAUGAAGACAGGGGCAGCAUAUAAGUCAAUACCAGAAGCAUUUAUUGACUGAUCUCAAAAGUGUUGGCUUACCAGGGUUGGUGGAGCCCUCAGUUUCAUCUUUGCCUCGCAAAGCUAACUCAAACACUCCGCAAAACUUCACACACUGGAUUAGCCGGCUGAGGAUGUGGCGGUUCUUGCUAAUGUCGUAGUAAAUAUAUUUGUUAUAGUGAAUAUGGAAUAUGAUAUGUUGAGUAAAAUGUUGUGCUAAGAUCUAUUUAGGUCAGGAGCUGGUUAUAAGUUCUGUUCCUAUCCAAUAACAAUGGACAAAAGGGUCCUAUCUUGUCAGCCUUGUCAGUUUCAGUUCUCCAGUAAACUUGUGAUUAUCAACACUAACCUCAUCGUUGUGGCGGCGGACAGCUAGCCUGUAUCCCUCAUCCAGUUGAGUGGGAAUGUUCACUCUCCCCAAAGCAGACAAUCUCAAACAGCUAUCCAUGUGGGUCUUUGACAGCUCAUGUUUCUUAAUCUUUCCUGAAAGAUGGUGCAUGUCCGUUACACACCAGUCGCUGUCCAAGCGGUGCUGUCUGCCGUGCCGCCUUCAGGGUGAAAGAGUAAGCAGGGGGUAGCAGAAGACUGCAUUAGCUACAUCGCAGCCUGCUAGCCAGGUUUUUCGUUCGUACCAAUUUUUGGAAAAUCCUCGGGUGUAGGACUUCCCCCCUUUAGUAGAAACCUGUUGAAUUAUUAAAUUUGGUCUGGGAGGUCCUAAUUGUUUCGUUGCCAAUUUAUCUUCAUUUGUUCGCCGACAAAAAGGAACUUCUUUCAAAGACACAAUCGAGUUGCACUGAAGCCUAGCCAUUUUGAUAGUAGUAGUGAAUUGAUUGACGAGGCUACCCGCUCUUUUCUUAGUUACGUUCAUGGUUAUGUUACGUAUGACGAAAGCGCGUAAGUGCAAGCCCUCAGAAACCCAUAGAGAUUGUAUUGAAAGCUCUGAUAUUUGAAAAAAAUAGAUUUUACAUGGGAGUCUAUGACAGACUUCUGGGCGAUUUUCAACCUGACUGAAAUCGCCCCAAAAGGGGGGGGGGCCAUUUGAAGCACGACUUUAGCCUGAUUGGACAUUUAGUGGCACUGUGGCAGAUCAGACGUCUAGAUUACAACACUGAUAACUACUGUUGCCGUGAUAUAAUUGAUUAGAAAAAAAAUCCCUUCCUUUUCCCGUUUGGCAGUGCGUCGCCCAUAUCGCCCUAUUGAACACACCGCCCCUGGUGCCCAGAAGAUCAGACGAUCACGGAUAAGAGCAGGUGUAUUGUCCCUUUGUGCCACCAGAGUGGCACUGUCGCUGUCCUCCUCCGCUCUCUCGGCCGGCGGCUCCACCUAGCUCCAUCGGCUCGGGAUCCGAGUCGUCCGGGGUGGAAACGGGCAGAUCCGACGUCCUCUGGAUGCCAGCAAGUUGUCCAAACAAAUGGCCAUGUUGUCCUUCAACAAACUGGUGGACAUGGUGUCCCGGUAGGCUAGCUCCCGUUGGACGUCCUCCCGCAGAUGGCACCGGAAAUGGUCGAUCAGGGCCCACUCGUUCCACCCGGACCCCGCUGCCAGCGUCCGAAACUACAAUGCGAAGUCCUGCGCGGUCCUCGUCCCCUGCCUCAGGUGGACCAGCCGCUCGCCCACCUCUCGACCCUCGGGCAAGUGAUCAAAGACCGCCCGAAAGAGGCGAGCGAACUCCCUGUAGUCCUCCAACGCGGCUCCUCCUUCGUUCCACACCGCAUUGGCCCACUCCAGGGCUUUCCCACAGAGGCAGGAAACGAGGACGGACACCUUCUCCCGCUCCGAUGGCGCCGGCCUGAUGCUGGCGAAGUAAAGCUCCAAUUGGAGGAGGAAUCCCUGGCACAGCGCCGCCGUCCCAUCAAAUGCCCGUGGUCGGGAUAUCUGGAUCCCUCCGGGUGCUGGGGUGUAGGUGGCUGGAUCCGCUUGGCCAGCUGGUCUCGACAGAUCGGGUCCUCUUCUCUCCAGGCGUUGGACAACCUGAAGAACCCGAUCCAUCGCUUCCCCCAAGCUGGCCAGCAUCGUGGAAUGCUCCUGGACCUGUGCCACGACUCCAGGCAUGCGCUCUUCUCCCGCUGACUCCAUAGCGGGUGGGUGAUUCUGUGAUGAGUGUGGUGAAAAGAGUCAGGCGCAGGAGGGUAUUCACCGAAUACAGAGUUUAUUCCUUCGUUGACACACAAAUGCGCUCCAAUAGCGAUCAACGAAACAGGCACAGGGGAAAAUCUACCCUGGCAACACAAUGUUACGAGUAGCUCCACCGAGCUACAUUACUCUCACAAUUAACAAUCACCCACAAGGACAAGGGGGCAGAGAGGGAACACUUAUACAGACUAAUUAGGGGAUAGGAACCAGGUGAAUGUGAUUGACAAGACGAGACAAUGGGAUGAUGAUUGGGGCGGCAGCGGUUAGUAAGCCGGUGAUGACGAACGCCGAAGCCUGCCCAAACAAGGAGGGGAGGCAGCCUCGGACGAAGUCGUGACAGAGUUGCUAUUUUUGUUAACGUUUGAAACGUUGUCUUGAGGUUGUUACUUUGUUACUAUGUUGUUGUUUGUCACACCUUAUUUAGCUAUGCAACUUGCUCUGACACUCCCAAUGUUACACACUCACAUUGCAGGUGAGCAGGUUGCGUCAGGCUUCACCCCAGACCCGUCCCAGCUGCAGGGAGAGAUGUUCCACACUGCUCUGAAGAAGAGCUCCCAGGGCUUUGGUUUCACCAUCAUCGGGGGCGACCGCCAUGAUGAGUUCCUGCAGGUGAAGAAUGUCCUCAGCGACGGCCCUGCUGCCAACAACAAAAAGAUUGCCUCCGGUGAGUAGUACACUGCUGCGCUGAGCUGUGGAGAGCCACACACUUUCACCAAAUCAAAAGACAGCUAGUGAACCUAAUGAAAGGCAUGUUGGUCCCAAUAGAGGGACUGCACUUACCCUAACACUUCCCUAAGAGAUGCAAUAGAAAGAAAGAGCAAGAAUUUCAUUUUCAAGGGGAUCAUUCUGGAGCAGGACAGGUUAUGGUGGAUUCUGUGUGAAGCCCUGUAUCUCUGUUGCACACUCUGAUAUUCCUUUAGCUUUGAGGCUGUCUGGGGCUCUGCAUCCUCAGCAGCUUUGCUUGUGUGAGCUGUGAAACCAACAUGCCUUUCCUGUUUGACGGCGGUUGCUGUUCUCUGAGCUGGCCGUCAGGGUGAGAUGUAAAGGAAACAUACUCAGCUCUCUCCUAAUGAUCUGCCUGGAAGCACCGCAAGUUGAGGUCUGUUAGAACACAUCAUGGCAAGAGAGGGAGCAGAGGAGGGGGGGAGGGAAGGAGGGAAGUGGCAGGAAGAAGGGAGGUAAGUAGGACAUGAGAUGAAAGGGAUGGGGAGAGAUGGGAGGACGAAGGAAUGUGGAGAAGAGGGGGUGGCACCUGUUUGACAGUCAUGUCGAAUAGAGGACUUUCUGAUAAUGAUGAUCCAACUGAAAAAUAAUUCAGUCCGUUACAAACAAGAGAGUCACCUAGCUAACAAGCUACUAUAUUGCCAUAACAACCAUUACAUUUUCCAUGGGUAAGUCUGUAUAGUUUUACUGUUUACUAAGGCUAGUUCCUCUCUCUCUCUCUCUCUCUCUCUCUCUCUCUCUCUCUCUCUCUCUCUCUCUCUCUCUCUCUCUCUCCUCUCCCUAUCUCUCUCCAUUCCUUCUCUCUCCUCUCCCUCUCCCUCUCUGGUCUCCCCCCGCCAGGCGAUGUGAUCGUGGAGAUCAACGGGACGUGUGUGCUGGGGAAGACCCACCCUGAAGUGGUGCAGAUGUUCCAGUCCAUCCCAGUGAGUCAGUAUGUUGACAUGGUGCUGUGCCGCGGCUACCCGCUGCCCCCAGACGUGGAGCCAGACAGUGAGGACCCCCCUCCCCCACCUUCUCAACCCCUGCAGGGGGGCGAGGUGGUGACGGCCGUGCCCCUCAUCAACGGCCAGCCCCUGCUGGUGAAGGGCGACGUGCUGCAUGGCUCCUCCCAGGAGCUUCACUACGUCACCACCGAUGCCAGCGGACGGCCCGUGGUGGCCGCCCUGCCCAACGGGAGGCGUCCUGAGCAGGGGGGAACAGGUAUGUUGCAGCCCGAACUUGUGAGCGUGCACCUGGUGAAGGGCCCAGGCGGGUUUGGGUUUGCCAUCGCAGACUGCCCCCUGGGCCAGAAGGUGAAGAUGAUUCUGGAUGCCCAGUGGUGCCGCGGCCUGCUGAAGGGAGACGUGAUCAAGGAGAUCAACCGUCAGAACGUGCAGACACUGAGCCACGCCCAGGUGGUGGACAUCCUCAAAGACCUGCAGGUGGGGAGUGAGGUCAACGUGCUGGUGCUCAGAGGAGGUGAGUCUUAUUAACGCUGACUUGUGUUACAUAACACUAACACUGUGACUGUACUGCUGCUGCAUGUUACUGUUGCCAUGGCAUUAGUGUGAUACAGUGAUAUCACUGUCAGUGUGACCUCAACAGUGUCCCUGAGUAGGGAGGUCAAUGUGCUGAUACUGACAGGAGGUGAGAGAGUGGGUCAACUAUCACUCACUCUCUCACACACACACACACACACACACACACACACACACGCACUAUGUUAUAAAAUGUUGGUGAUGUCACUGUGUCUGCUGUAGGUGAACACGAGGGACUGUUGCCUCUUUGGCUUAAACGAUCACGUAGUAAUGACAAUUGUAGAGACCCCCUAUGCAACCCAACCCACCCUUCACAUAUACACUACAGAGGACAGACAGUUUUUACACGAUACGCGCUUCAGCACUCGGCAGUUUGAUUCUGUGAGCUUGUGUGGCCUACCACUUCGCGGCUGAGCCGUUGUUGCUCCUAGACGUUUCCACAUCAUAAUAACAGCACGUACAGUUGACCGGGGCAGCUCUAGCAGGGCAGAAAUUUGACGAACUGACUUGUUGGAAAGGUGGCAUCCUAUGACGGUGCCACGUUGAAAGUCACUGAGAUCUUCAGUAAGGCCUUUCUACUGCCAAUGUUUGUCUAUGGAGAUUGCAUGGCUGUGUGCUCGAUUUUAUACACCUGUCAGCGACAGGUGUGGCUGAAAUAGCCGAAUCCACUAAUUUGAAGGGGUGUCCACAUAUUUUUUUAUAUACUGUAUAGUGUACCUUUCACAUAUCCCCUUAAACACCUCUCUGUAUGCACAGAUCUCUGUACCACAUCUCCCUGUACAGAAUAUAUACUGUAUCUCUUCAGGCUGCUUCACAGCUUCUGCUGAGGCUCUCUCUCCAUCAGGCGUUCAUACUGCAGUCUGUUGCAGGCCUAGGAAGGGAAGUUACAUAAGCACGGGGCUCUGCUCUGCCUGCUCUGCUCCUGGAGAGAGGGAGGGGAAAGCAUCCUUCAAACGUCUCCCACAUCCAUCUCCCGCCGUCCUGGGAAAAUGGUACACAAGUCGAUGAGCUGGAUUGUCUUUGAUCAUCAUCAGAGGCUCAGAGGAUUUCUGCAUGCUUCUAUAUCCGUGGCCCUUAAAGAGCCAGAGCUAAUCGCUGUAUGGCACUGGGAGUGGGAGGCCCCAGGGGUCUCCUCCUCACGGUCCCACUCUCUUCCUCUCUCUUCCUCUCUACCCUUACACUCCCACCCUCCACCCCUCAACCCUGUGCCUCCCACCCCACACACACAGAGCAUGACCCUGCAGUCGGAGAGAGAACAUACUGCAUUUAUCUUAUCGUCUUAUUUCAUGUCCUUCAUGUCCUUGAUUCUUUACAAUGGAGCUGGAUCUCCCGGUUACACCAGGGUCCAUUAACCCUUUUACGCUUAUCAGACGAACAGUCGUCCCCUCUAGACUUCCAGAGAAGUGCAUGUUGGUGAAUCCAUUUAAUGCUGGAGCCACAUUAAGUGUGGGAACAAUCUGAGCGCGAGAGAUGGAACGUGUGGGUGUACUGUACAGUUGACAGUAGAAAGCAUUAUUGGUCAUUGGAUUUCAUGCAUGACUCUCUCUCUCUCGCUAACUCUAUGCUAUACUAGUCCUCUCUCAUUUAGGUCCCCUCUCUGUACAUAUCUCCUAUUUAUCUUUAAUAACACAGUGAUGUCAUGUUCCUUGAUGGAGUAUGCUACAGCACUGUUUUAUACCUCCUGAGUCUAGACUAUUUAAACACAGUCAUUCCUUCACCGUUCUCGUUCUCUGUUAGGGAGGCAGUGCCAUCUACUGGUUGAUGUCUCAUUGGUACAUGCUUUUCUAAACAUUCUCAUGAAUCAUCCUUGUGUUUCUCACAGGUCAGUCAUCCCCUGUGAAGAGCCUGAAGCCUGUGAGUAAAAGCAGACACUGUUCUAUAAUACUCUGUGUUUUACUAUUGUGUGCCCUGGCACUUAUCCCUCAUUUUCAUAUUAAAGCCUUUUGUCCUUGAGCUAACCAGCAAGCCCCAUUGCAUCACAUUAAAUGAUAACUACCGGUAUAAAUUUGAAUAUUGAUUAUGUUUCACACGGCCUCCUUUUGUUUGCUUUGAAAAAGGUCUUAAUUACUUCUAUUCAGCAUUCAUUUUCUCAGCCUUUUGUCUGGGGAUUUCAAUGGUAAUGAAGCACAGAGCCUCUUUAGAUAAGACUGUAUAUUCGUAUGACGGCUUUAGAUUAAGCUGGCCUUGUCCACAGAAUAAGCCUGUCAGUGCCAUAGGGAAAUAUUCUUCCGCCUGUGGAUGGUAAAUUACAUUCAAGUCCCGUUGGCCAUUGGUUUACCAUCAAGCUAGCGGGGUAAUGUGAAGGCAAUGUGGGAGCCAGCAGUGAAAUGACCUUUUGCUCCUUUAGUAUUCAAUCACCAUUACAUCCUGUGCUAUGUGUCUGGAUAAUGAGGUAUAUAUAGACUGUGUGGUCUUUAAUGUGCUCUAACUGUGCUGUGGCUGUGUCUGUGGCUCUGUGACCCCAUCAGAGGCAGGAGAUGACAGCUAGCACAGAGACUCUGGACUGUGUCACAGACUCUGUCUCCCAGGCCCUCCCCUACCACUCCAACACCUCAACCCUGCGCAACGACACGCCCAAACGGGACGCCACAGAGAUGUACCUCAAGUCCAAGGCCCUGCUGGAGAGCAAGCGUGAGUGCACAUCCACAGACAGAGUCUGGUUGUAGGAGAGGUCUAGCAGCCUUGUGCUCAGUUAUAUUCCAUCCAUAGCUCUGUAGUAGUAAAUGGAUGUCAGUGUUUCAUUUGUAUGUUCAUGACCGUCUAUUAAUGGUCACCCUACAUUUGUGGAUCCAGUAUCAAUGUGAACUAUAAGAUAAGCCUGUGAGUUCACCCUGCUGACUGGAUGAUUGAGUGGUGUUCACCUCUCUGAUACCCUAUCUAACCCCUGUAAACUGUCCACAGAGCCUCACACCAAGGACCUGGAUGUGUUCAUCAAGAGGGACCAGGAGACUGGCUUUGGUUUCCGUGUUCUGGGAGGAGAAGGUCCAGAGCAGCCAGUGAGUACCGAAGUAUGAACUUCCUCCCUGUUAGAUUAUCUUUCUACUUUUUUAACACUACGGACAGUGUUUCUUCAGUGUUUCUGACUCAGAGUGUGACUCUCUCUUUAACAGGUGUAUAUUGGUGCCAUCGUGCCCCUGGGUGCAGCUGAGAAGGAUGGGCGUCUGAGGGCUGGUGAUGAGCUCAUAGGCAUCGAUGGAAUCAUGGUCAAGGGCCGUUCCCACAAGCAGGUUCUGGACCUGAUGACCAAUGCUGCCCGCAACGGUCAGGUCAUGUUGACCGUGCGUAGGAAAGUAAUCUACAGAGGUGAGCACUCACUGACUGCCUGGAACCUCUACAUCUUGGUCACUAACACACACACUUGCAUAAACACUUGCACACACACACACACACACACGUUUGAUACUGCUCUUCAGUCUAUACUCUACAUGUGUUUUUCAAUCAGAUAUGACUGAGGAGGAGGCAGGGCUCCACAUGGCUCCAGUGUUGGUGAAUGGCUCCCCCAGACUCCCUCGUAUCCAGAUGCCCAGUGUGCUGGACCACGAGUCCUUCGACAUCACCCUCCACCGCAAGGACAGUGAGGGCUUCGGCUUCGUCAUCCUCACCUCCAAGAGCAAGCCCCCGCUAGGAGGUGAGGAUGGACCCGAUGCCUAGCACCACUGCUUAUCCCAGACACAACCAAACACACACCAGUCUCCUCUAGUUCAAGCAAGACCAAGCCAUUAUAAAUAAUAUAGCAUCGUAUCACCCAAAGUAUGAAAACAGAGUUUAAAGGAUGACUGUGAAAAGAUUAUUACUCCUAUACAAAUGAAUAAUUUAGUCCCUCACAGACCUAUUGUAUAUUUCUGACUGAAUCCAUCGAGUGGGGUUGGUGUGUUAUCAUCAGACAACUCUCUCUUUGCAGUGAUCCCUCAUAAGAUCGGACGCAUCAUCGAAGGCAGCCCCACUGACCGCUGUGGCCUGCUGAACGUGGGCGACCGCAUCUCAGCGGUCAACGGACGGUCCAUCGUGAGGCUGUCUCACAAUGACAUCGUUCAGCUAAUCAAGGAUGCUGGCAACGCUGUCACCCUCACCGUGGUCCCUGAGGAUGGUAAGCUUCACCAGUAGUAUCACCCAUGAGAUGGGACUGUGUUGGUCUCCCUGGUAUUCCCAGUCAUAUACCAAUGACUACCGUGUAGGAUGGUUGGUUUGUGUUUGUGUUAUCAUAAUGGUGUGACAUGUAUUUGUGUGUUCCAGAAUACAAGGGCCCUCCCUCUGGAGCCAGCUCAGCCAAGCAGAGCCCCGCCCUUCAGCACAGAGCUAUGGGUCAGAGGUCAGCCAUGCAGGAAGAGCGGUAAGGCCCUGAUCUAACUCAUUACUACACCAAGACAUGGAUUAAAAUCCUGCUUCAGCAGAACAACCCAGACAGAACAGCUUAAUGAUUGAUUAAAAUUGCUUUGUUCUCUGUGCCCCACAGUGGAGACACUGCUGUGCAUUAUUGAAGAUAUACAUAUAGUAGUGUGACUUAAUGCUGUUGUCUGUUCUAGGUAUAACCUAGAUCUGGAGGAGAAAAGGGAGGGAGUCACCUGGGCCGACUACAAAACACUGCCUCUGAGCGAACAGGGAACAAUGUGUGUUACAGGCCCCAAACAGGCAAGGCUCAUAUCAUUAUUACUGUCAUUGUUUGUGUACAGUGUUUAGGGAUUUGACAUGAAUUAAAUUGAUACGACUCAGAAAAAACAUCACUAUAAAUUACAGCUUAAGUUAUAAUGUGUGUGUGUUUGUGUGUGUGUGUCUGUGUGUGUGUGUGUUCUUACAUGCAUGCGUGUGUGUAUAUAUGUAUGUGUGUACGCAUGCACCAUGCAGGGUUGCAUCACAGUGGAGCUGGACCGGGGAUCCCGGGGUUUUGGCUUCAGUCUGAGGGGAGGGACUGAGUACAACAUGGGCCUGUACAUCCUGAGACUGGCUGAGGAGGGGCCUGCUCUGCUGGACGGGAGAAUCCACGUAAGUCUGACAUCCGGUGCCAUAGGAAAUAUCCACACACAUUACUGUUUGCAUUAUUCAAUGUCAUAAUAUCUUAUAACAGACUAAUUACAUGUGUAAUAACAUGUCUUGAAUAAUAACAUGUCUAAUAACAUGGCUUGUUGCCAUUGGGGAUUUGAUCAUAUAAAUGUGUGAUGUUUGUGUAUGUAUAUCAAAAUGUGAUGUUUGUGUAUGUAUGUAGGGUGGCAGGUAGCCUAGCGGUUAAGAAUGUUGGGCCAGUAAGUAACCGAAAGGUUGCUGGUUCGAGUCCCCGAGCCGGCUUGGUGAAAAAUCUGUCGAUAUGCUCGAUAACCCUAAUGCUCCUGUAAGUCGCUGUGGAUAAGAGCGUCUGCUAAAUGACUAAAAUGUAUGUGCAGGUGGGAGAUCAGAUAGUGGAGAUCAAUGGAGAACCGACCCAGGGCAUCACCCAUACCCGCGCUAUCGAGCUGAUCCAGGCUGGGGGCAGCAAAGUGCUGCUCCUGUUAAGACCAGGGCAGGGGCUGGUACAAGACAACAGUAAGUACACAGAAGUCUAGAUCUACAAGAUAAGAUUUACCUUUUUUGUGGUAUGAGAUGUAAAAUGUUUGAACAUGUUUGUUGAUGCGUGUUAUAACAUGUUGGUAGUAUUUAACAUGAGCUGAUGCAUCAAUGCUUUGUACACACAUUAAUUAAGGAUUUAGCUAUCCCUGUUAACUACCAUGUUAAUUUAUGUUUAUUCAUGUUCCCUCUUAGAUGUUAAGUCCCCCAUAUGGGGGACUUUGAGUGGUUCUGGACCGGUUCCGUCUGACAUUUUGGUGUACAAAGUGCUCUGUGAAUGCAGUAAGGUGCUGUGCCUUAUAACGGCAGAAAGCUCCAUCUGUCUGCUCUCCCCUUCCACUCUCUUAGUGGAGCUGACUUGAAGUGUCAGAUUUCACACCCAACAUUUGCAUAGGGAGUGACGUGUCACAUUUUCUGGCCUAUCCAGACAAAUAAUCGAUUUACUCUUCCUCUGAGCAAGUGAGCCCAGCCUGUGAGACAGUCUAGCGGAUCCAGCAAUUGUGGUUUCAUCUCGCUGUGAAAUUCAGAGCUCUCAACAUGGAAAAAAAUCCUAAAUAAUUUCAUAGAAUUUAAACAAUACCACUUUCUCUUGGUUGAAGUUGUAACGAGUCUGCACACAUUUGAAUGGUGUCUCUGCGCCACUCAGUGGACGUGUAGGAGAAAAUUAUCUUUCGACAGUUAAAUGAAAUUGUGCCAAUAUUAUUCUGUCACUAAGUAUGAUCAUAUUUAUUUUACAGUUAUAAGAAAUGUGAAAUCUUAUAGUAAGUCAUUUAUAAUUAGAUUUUUACUAUAUUUAGAAAGCAUUUGAGUCAUUUCAAGCACUUUUGCCCCACUUUUGUUGAAUAGGAAGAAAAUCUAAUGAUUUUUCAUAUUUUCAUAAUAUUUGUACUAUGUAUUGGACCAGGUGUCCUCAAAGGUGAUUACAUCUCAGCAAUUUAUAACUAUUUUUAGCAGAAAGGUGAGGUCCAGACCUUUCUAAAACUAUGUAGCAUUGCCAGUUAUUAUUUAUGGCCAUCUCAUGAAAAAUAACUACGUUUGGGUAUGUCUAUUUAGGCAGAAAUCUAAAUUUGCCCUAUCAUAAAGGCUCAGUGCAGUCAAAAAUGUGAUUUUACUGCAUUUUAUAUAUGUGACGACCGCCUUGAUUCGGUCUUAUAUAGCAAAUGGUGUUUUUUACAUUGGAUAAAAGCUGAGACACAGAGCUACAAAAUGGUAUAUUAUACACUGCAUUUAAGGGAACAAUGGGAAAGUAAUUCUGCUUUGAAAGUUGAUAAACUUGUCAUCUCACUUUUGAGAAAAUGGCAUUUUAAUGUUUUGGUACCUAGUGAAGAGCUCUUCUUUGUCUACACCCAUUCAGCAUCGUUCACACCCUCUUAAGCUUUAGCCCCACCCAUCUUGCUUCGCUCUCAGAGCGUUCAGAGCGCACACUUGAUUCUCUGGCCGAUGAGUAGGGUUGAUCCGAGCGUUCUGACCUCAUAACGGCAGUCAAGCACCCAAGCUAACUGGCUAACAUUGGCUAGCUUGCUAUUUACUUUCAGGCACAAAAUUGGGAUUAUGGUUCAAUGUUUACCUCUGGAUAACAUGAAAACAGCCUAACCAGCUCUGCUGGCAACAAUGUAAUUACGCUUUUUUGCCGACGUUUACUGACACUGGCCAUAUUCAACGGGUGUUGUGCGAUCAUAAAUUCAUCAGUUAUUCUGCACUCUGGCAUACUCAGACUGAAUUUAUGAACGCACCCGAAAUGGUUACUUACAUAGUGGAGUCUUUUGUUACGACAUGUAGCUAGCUAGCUAGCUAGGUAAACAACGUAUAAGAUCAUACACGUCACGUAACGUUAGCUAGCGAGCCAGCCAGCUAGGUAAACAAUGAACCAUAGUGCCAACUAAUGAAAUUUCAGCCUGUUUGGUGGGAUGGAGUUUUGGCCUGCCUGGUGACAUCACCAUGUGGUAAAUUAGUUAAUAGACCAAUAAUAAAGAGAGUUCCAAACCUCUCUGCCAAUAACAGCUAGUUUUCAGUUUUCCCCUCCCCACUCAGACCACUCCCAGACAGUCCUAACAAAAUUAUUUCUUGAGAAAUUGCUCAUUGCCAAGAAGCUAUUUUUGUUCUUUUUUGACAAUUUUAAUUGAAAACAAUCACAGUAAGGUACUUAAUUGUUACCCAGAAAUGGUUUCCUAUUGAGAUAAAAAUGGCUGCAUUGGACCUUUAAAGGAGAAGCUUGCUUUUUUACAACCAAAUCUCUAUUUUUCAAGUUUCAAGUUUUAUUAGUCAUAUGUACGGGAUACGCAUGGUAUACAUCUUCCUACGAAAUGCUUACUUGCAACAAUACAACAACAAUAAGAAAUAGUAAAAAAAAAAAAUUGAAUACGAACAUUAAGUAAAUGGCAGAAGAAUAGAAUAAACAUGUAAAUGGCAUGUUAUAGAAGGGUCCAGACACUUUCUUUGCAAUUUCACUUGUUUUUGAGAAACCAGCAAUUCACUUCCUCAUCCUCGUUGUGCAGGACGGGGCCAUGAAAAAACAUCAACAAAGUCUCAAAAAACACCUAAAUACGUCCUUUUCGAAACGGAAAUGCUCUCAGUAUAGUGAUGCAGGUCUUUAGAUGUUGUACACAUGAAAUUCUGUCAUUCCGAACUUUAUCCGCAACUUUAUAUACCAUUUUGUGCGACUCGAGCUGUUUCCCCUAUCCAGCUGUUCCAUUUUCCGUGUAGCCUGCUGCUACAAUGGAUGGAAAGGUACGCUCGAGUCGCCACAAAAUGGCAUAUAACAUUCCAGAUAAAGUUCGGAAUGACACAAUUUCAUGUUCUAAAGACCUGUAUCACUAUACUGAGAGCUUUUCAAUUUCUAAAAGGACAUAUUUGUGUGUUUUUUAGCCUUUGUUCAUGUUUUUUCGGAGCCCCCGUGCUGUACAACCAGGAUGAGGAAAUGAAUCACUGGUUUGGGUACGUUUCUAAAAAAACAAGUGAAAUCACACAAAAAAAUGCUGUACCCUUCUAUAACAUUCCAUUUACAUUUAAAAAAUUGAGAUUUGGUUGUAAAAAAGCACAAAUCUCUGUUAAUGUGAAAUGUCACUCAAAUUGAGUGCCUGUGUUGGGGAUGCUUGUUUCAUGGAUGGAGUGCUCUGCUGUCUAUAACUGCUUACUCUUGGCACUUCCUCUCUUCCCCCUGCUGCAGGUGAUAGCGUCCCCUCUACUAUGUGCUACUACUCAAACGAGCACCACCAUUAACCACUUCACUGCUUUUACUGGCCUGUCCUCUUUUAACUUGGUAAUUCCAUUCUCAUUUCCUUCUUGCUUCCUCCUUUCAUCUGUCUAGACUAUAGAAUCUGAAUUCUGCUCUUGUACGUUACUUGUUACUAUCAUGAGGAUAUGUGAGCCUCUCUAUAUAUAUUUUACAUCUGUGUAAUAACAUAUUUUACUUCUAGGUAAGUUGGAUCCAACCGUCACUUCACCCAUACGUUUUCCAAGAGAGGCGCUUGUCUCCGAGACAUCACUCCUCUCUUCUCCAUUCUCCACCUGCACCUCCAUCUCAGGUUCCUACCCUUUCACCAGUGAGACACCUGACUGGAACUUCCUGUCCCCCCGAACACCCCACCCCCAGACCAGCAGGGGCAGUGGCUCAGUGAAGUGGAAUGGAGAGUGGGCAGACAGGCAGGCAGACAGGCUCUCUCCCAUCACCCCUGAGCAGAUCAACCUCUAUAAGGUCAAACCAGGUCAUACCAGGUCUAAAGGCUACAAGGAGUCCAGCAGCCAAAAGACAACAGGUGAAACAUUCAAAGAGCGCUCACACAGUCCAAAAAAGGCUGAGAGGAAGACCCAGGAAGCAGUGACAAGCAAGGACAGGAAGUCUUACCCUCAGAAAGGAAGUCGGUCACCCAGCCCCAGGAAGUUCCCUCGAGAAGGACACGAAGUCUUGAGCCAGCCACACGUAAAGAAACAGCAGGUACAGCAGAGCACAUCAAAGGACCUUUCCAGCAAGGAGCCCUUUGAGGAAAACAAAAAUGGCAAAAGGGGGGAUUCAAAGGGCAGGAAAAGCACACAGGAGAGAGAGUGGGGAGGGGGAACUACCAAGGCUGCCCAUGAGCAGGCCAGUAUUCGAAAGAGGGUCGGGACAGAGGCAGGACAUCACAGACCAACCCCUCUGGAGACGGGGGCAAGGAGAGAUAUUCUGAGAGACGGGGAAAAGGAAAAGGAAAAACGCAAAGAGGAGAAAAGGAAAAAAGACACAGGGGCUUCCUCAAAAGAGGAAAAUACUAGAAAAGAUUCUGGAGCCUCUACAACAGAGGAAAGCAGUAGAAAAGACUAUGUGUUAUCCCCAACAGAGGAGAGGAUCAGAAAAGACACAGGGGCCUCCCCAAAUGAUGUUCAGGAGGAUGCUCAGAGCCAAAAGGGUCCCAUUAGCCCUGGCCCCUGGAAAGUGCCCAGCUCAGCCAGAAUCCUCUCCCAGGCUGAGGUGCUGCGCGACCCCACUUAC